UUGCGCGCUUUCCACGCAGCGGCUUCACGGAAAUUGUUUUACUCGCGGGGUUUUUUUUCGUUCUGCGCUGUUUUAGCGAGAUUGUGUAAAGCAUAAAUAGUUGGUUGCGAUUGUGUACGGAAAGAUAAUUGCCCCGAAAUGUCCUCGUACGGGCUUACGGAGGGAUUUCUGAUGGAAAUGAUGAAGGGCAACGAGAUGGAGAGCCCGGUUCUGCAGGUGAUCGGUUCGAAGCGCAUCGCAAGCAGUGGGGAACAGUCGGAACGCUUCCGGCUGCUGAUUUCCGAUGGCAAAUCCCUGUACAGCUACGCUAUGCUGGCCACGCAGCUGAACGAUAUGCAGCGGCAGGGCAAACUGUCGGAAUACACGAUCAUACGCAUCGAUCGGUAUACAACGUCGGUGGUUAAUCGAAACGAGAAGGGAGAGAAACGAGUGUUGAUCAUCGUCGAGCUAACCGUGCUGAAGGAUGGUGCCCUGGUGGGCAAAAAGAUAGGCGACCCACAAUCGAUGGCUGACGUGACGGCCUCACAGACACAGAACUCCGGUAGUGGCUCCGGUGCGAAUAGCUAUGAGAAACCGGCGGCUUCCAGCCGACCCUCGGAGACCAGCGGACUCCACAGCACGUACGGUUCGAAGGGUUCCGCGGGCGGAUCUAACGGUGCGACUGCCAAUGUUUCCCUCGGCGACAACCUCACGCAUCCCAUCUCGUCGCUGAGUCCGUACCAAAACAAGUGGGUCAUAAAGGCGCGCGUAAUGUCCAAAUCGGGCAUUCGCACCUGGAGCAACGCCAAGGGUGAAGGAAAGCUGUUCAGCAUGGACGUGAUGGAUGAGUCGGGCGAGAUCCGGGUGACGGCAUUCAAGGAGCAGUGCGAUCGAUACUACGACAUGAUCGAGGUGGACAAAGUGUACUUCAUCUCCAAGUGCCAGCUAAAGCCAGCCAACAAGCAGUACUCGAACCUGAAGAAUGACUACGAGAUGACGAUGACGAACGAUACGAUUGUGCAGGAGUGCAAAGAUGCGGACGGGUCGAUGCCGGAGAUCCAGUACAACUUCGUGCCGAUCGCCCAGAUCGCCAACCUGGAACCGAAUGCAACCGUCGACGUGAUCGGCGUGUGCAAGGAAGCGAGCGAGGUGGUCCAGUUUACGGCCAAAACGUCGGGCCGAGAGCUGCGUAAGCGUGAGGCCACCCUGGUGGAUUCCAGCAACGCGGCGGUACAGCUCACGCUGUGGGGUGACGAUGCACAAAACUUCCCGGCCAGCAGCAAUCCGGUGGUGCUGGUGCGCGGUGCACGAGUGUCCGAGUUCGGUGGUGGCAAAAGCCUGGGCCUUAUCGGUGGCAGCGUCAUGAAGCUGAAUCCCGACAUGGAGGCAGCACACCGGGUACGCGGUUGGUUCGAGAACGGUGGGCGAGAUGCAUCGCUGGCCAGUGUAUCGGCGCGGACCGGUGCCGGUGCUGGUGCCGGGCUCAACACCGAGUGGCUGACGUUCCGCGAGGCAACCGAUCGCAGUUUGGGUGCCGGAGACAAACCGGACUACUUCCAGGUGAAGGCCAUGAUACACACGAUCAAGUCCCAGAAUGCCGUGUACAAGGCGUGCCCGCAAGCCGACUGCAACAAGAAGGUAAUCGAUCAGGACAAUGGAUUGUACCGGUGCGAAAAGUGUAACGCCGAGUUCCCGAACUUCAAGUACCGGCUGCUGGUGAAUAUGCUGAUCGGUGAUUGGACCUCCAACCGCUGGGUAACGAUGUUCACCGAGCUCGCGGAGGAAGUGUUUGGUAAAUCGUCGCAGGAAAUUGGCAGCAUGCUCGAGUACCAGGGCGAAGAGGCGGAGAAACUGUUUACCUCCAUGUGCUUCAAGUCGUUUGUCUUCAAGCUGCGCACGAAGCUGGAGUUCUACAACGAGCAGGCACGCAACAAAACGACGGCCGUCAGUGCGGCACCGGUGAACCACAAGGAGUACAACGCGCUGCUGAUCAAGAGCAUCCAGGAGAUGACGGGCGUAGGCAAGAACUAAACGCUCCGCGCGUGCAGAGGUACAUUCCCUUCGAUUUUCGAUGCCCAUCCUCCGUUGCUUCGCUUCAUUCGUUUUCUUCACAAACUCUCCUUGUUUUAUACUCAAAUCAUAACUUAAAAUUCAAGGUAAAGAAAUAAUAAACAAAAAAAAACCAUCUCCAUCAUAA